AUGUCUGCAGAGGUUAAUUGGCUGCUGGUGAAUGCUUGUUGGAUCAAGUUCAAUAGCAUAAAACCAACAAUUGAUGGUGAAGCUUAUGAAAUUGAAGAUGCUUCCAGUUUCCACAUGGUACUUGUUCAGAUCCCCAUGUGUAAUGAAAGAGAGGUAACAGAUCAAUUCCAAUUGCUUGUUGAUUUUGAUGUGUCUAUCAAUAAUCAAUUGCCUCUACUUGUCGAUUUACUUGCUGCCAAAGAAAUAUCAAGAGAUGAGACAAUGCGGAGGCAGUCAACUGUGGUCAAAUUUCACUCAUCCAACCCUUUGCUUACAAAUGGUUUAGUUACUUGGAUGAUAUGUUUUUUUAGACAAUUUGGGCGUUCUGUUGUUCGUGCACAUUACCUUACUCUGGGUAAAGCCUUCAUCAUGAACCACAACCUCACAUCAAAAUAUGAUUUUCACAGUUAUAUGAUUCGAUCCAUGGAAGAAGAAUUUCAAAGAAUAGUUGGAGUAAGUGGUCCACUCUGGGGAUUUGUGGUGGCCUUUAUGCUCUUUAACAUAAAAGGUUUGUGGGCCAAUUCUUAUGCAGCUAUAACACCCUACCACUCUAUGCCCUAG